AUGUCACUACCACUCCACUACCACGCCACUACCACGUCACUACCACUCCACUACCACGCCACUACCAUGUCACUACCACUCCUCUACCACGCCACUACCACGCCACUACCAUGUCACUACCACUCCACUACCACGCCACUACCACGCCACUACCACGCCACUACCACGCCACUACCAUGUCACUACCACUCCACUACCACGCCACUACCAUACACCACAAAAGUGGCCACUGUGAUUUCCAAAUUAUCUGGACAAACCUCAGAGGGGUCCACCACAGCUGGGCAGAGAAGGUCUCUGAGAGGAGACCAGCAUCUCACCUGCUGGUUGUGUGGUGUGCUCCAGCUACUACUGCAUGAUGUACAUUCACUGGAUGCAGUUUUUGUUGGAUCACAUGGCCUUAACCUACCAGAGUAUUUUGAGGUGAUAGCUGUGGACGAUGUGCAAGUCUUCCGCUAUGACAGUAAUAUGAGAAGUGCGGUAACUGCCCCUGAGUGGCUGAACAGCAACGCUGCACAACAGUACUGGAGGGACAUGAAUUCCAGAUCAUAUCACAACAAAUAUAAACAGAUGCUGGGCAUGAAGACGGCAGUCCAGCAGUUUAACAUGACAGGUGCCCUCACUGACGUUAACGUUUAUCAGGCCCAUGGUCGAUGUGACCUCCACUCUGAUGGAACUGUGAGAGGCUUUUUAACUCAUGCAUUUAAUGGCAUGGACUUUUUAAGUCUUGAUACUGAGAAAAAAGAGUUCAUAAUCACAGUUCCCCAAGCACUCCGCUAUAAGAGACUGCGAGAGAGAGAUCAUGCCCACUUUGAAAACCUUGUCUCUUUCUACACAACGAAAUGUGCUGAGGAAAUUAAGUUAUUUUUGCAACACAACCCUAGACUACGUGUGAAGAAAGGUCAGGGUUUUUCCAGAAGGAAGCAAAGAUCUGCCUUUACAGAGAUCACAUGUCAUGUGACUGGGUUCUACCCAAGAACAGUGCAGGUUCAGUGGUUUGGAUCAGACAUGCAGCCUGUGGUUGAGGGGGUUAUUGAAGAAUAUUUUGAGGUGUUAGCUGUGGAUGAUGCGCCAGUCUUCUACUAUGACAGUAAUAUGAAAGGUGCAAUACCAGUCCCUGAGUGGAUCAACAAUGAAACUGCGCCAUUGUGGAAUAAUGGCAUUGCCAGAGCACGGUUUAACAAAGAACUUUUAGCAGCAGGUCUGAAAUCAGCUACCCAGCAGUUUAACUUAACAGGUGCUUCCACAAACAUAUAUCAGGCCCACGGUCGAUGUGAGCUCCAUCCUGGUGGAACUACACAAGCCUUUUUAACUCAUGCAUUUAACGGCAAGGAUUUUUUAAGCCUCGACACUGUGACCAAAACAUUUAUAGCUGUGGUGCCUCAAGCCAUCCUCUAUAAGACGCUGAGGGAGAGAGACCAAGCCGACGUGGAUUUUCUUGUGUCUUCAUACAAAACACGGUGUUUUGAUAUAAUUAAAACAUUCCUGCAACAUGACCCCAGACUAAACAUGAGAAAAGUUCCAGAGGUCAGUCUAUUCGAGCGGCAAAGCUCUCCCUUCACAGAGAUCACGUGUCAUGUGACUGGGUUCUACCCACGAACAGUGCAGGUUCAGUGGUUUGAGUCAGACAUGCAGCCUGUGGUUGAGGGGGUUAUUGAAGGUGAGGUGUUACCAAAUGGGGAUGGUUCUUAUCAGAUAAGAAAGAGUGUUGUGAUACCAGCAGAACACACAGACAUACAUCACUACAGCUGUGUGGUCCAGCAUAGCAGCAUUCCUGGAAAUAUCACUCGAACCUGGGUUGUUGUGUUUGGAUUUGGAUUCAUGUUCUGGUGGUUCUGUAAACGUAAGGUUUGA